GAAUCGCUUUAUGGCUUCGGCCGUCUCCACAUCCACGCUACGUGAUGUGCGAGUCUCUCCGGCGGGUGGUUGGACUCGCCACCUGUCAGGAAUGGUGAACAUCGCUGAAGACCGCGCCGGGAAACCUGGUUUUCUUUUGCGCAGGGAUCUCCUGCGUUUCUAAAACAGACAUGGGCAACUUUGCCUGAUUUCUGCACCGGAGAAAGUGAGCCACACGCUUAAGUGGUGAGAUUAUAAACGGAGUCUCUGAGCACCCGGGAGGCUUCGACCCCUCUCGCUUUGAAGAUUAGAGGGUUGACGACGUCUGACGGACACUAAGAACAGGAUUAGGCAUUGUGCAGUCUAACCUACUUCUCAUUACUCCUGCAUCUUGUCCUCUGAAAAUUUGCGCAAUGACCUUUGGUGCACUUGGAAUACAGCGGGUGCGCCCGUGAGGUAUGUGAAUUUGACCGAAGGGCGAGAUGUGGUGUGAUCACGGGAACUCAAAUCAGGUGGGCAGGCAAUAACGCUUGACAGAAGAUGCGACGGGGGUGGUGGCUUGUCAGGUGGCUGGGGACAGGAAUGACAAUCCUCUCUUUGCUAUCCCACAGCUGGGGCCAGGACACGGAAGACUGGCAGUAUGAGGAGUGUAAGCUGUCCCGGCCAGGCCCCCCUGCGACCAUCAAGACCAUUCCCGAGGAAAGCGAAAACGGUACGGUUUUGGUGGAAAACCUGCAGAUAAAUGGCCGUGCCCAUGGCCCACACAGGACCAUCACACUCACAUUGCUGGACAACGAUGACUACUGGGUGAUACUGGAACCAGCACGGCAGAAACUCUACCUCAACAGCACCGGACGAGUACUGGACAGAGAUCCCCCCAACUCCAUCAGCACCAUUGUAGUUCAGGUCGAGUGCCACAAUUUGGCUCUUGGCAGUAAAAUUUUGCACGAGGUACGGAUUAUUGUGAAGGACAAGAACGACAACAGGCCUCGCUUUCAGCAGCCACGCUACUAUGUUGCAGUAAACGAGCUCACACCAGUUGGAACGACUAUUUUCACGGGCUUCUCAGGAAAUAACGGCGCCACAGACAUCGAUGAUGGGCCCAACGGUCAUAUAGAAUACAGCAUUCUUUACAACCCCAAUGACCCGGAUUCUAACAGAACAGUAAGUGUCGCAAACACCCUGUCAGGAUACAUUGUUCUGGCAGAGAGGCUAAACUACGAGGAGAAGACUCGCUACCUGGUUUUGGUCCAAGCCAACGACCGCGCUCCAUACCCCCCUAACAGACUAACAGCUACCACCACUCUGACUGUGGACGUUCUGGAUGGAGACGAUCUGGGUCCUAUGUUCCUUCCCUGUAAAUUGGUCAACAACACUCGCGACUGCAUCCCCCUCACCUACCGUGCCGCCAUCCCAGAAUUCACUGAGCCGAGCAAACUAAACCCACUGAAUGUGACCCCUCCGAUCCGGGCUGUGGACAUGGACCGAAACAUUCAGCCUCCAUCAGACAGACCGGGCAUUCUCUACUACAUCCUGGUCGGUCAGCCAGCCACAUAUGCAGAAUAUUUCUCCCUGAACAAAACCACUGCAGAGCUGCUUGUUCUGCAGCCAAUUAGCAGGGACUUGUAUCAAAGAUUCACACUCGUCAUCAAGGCUGAACAGGACAAUGGUCAUCCCCUCCCAGCCUUCGCUGACCUCAUUGUUGAAAUACUGGAUGAAAACAACCAGGCGCCGUAUUUCCAGUUUGCCACCUAUCAGGGCUACGUGAGUGAGUCCUCCCCAGUGGGUACAACUAUCUCAGCCAGUGCCAACCUUACUGCCCCCCUGGGAAUCAUCGCUUUGGAUAAUGACAUUGAGGAGUCGAAAGACCCCAUGGUGAAGAUUACCUUGGAUGACUAUACCGCGAUCUUCGGCCUGACCCCAACUGGGAUAAUCCGCUACCUGAGGCUCCUAAAACCUGUGGACCGGGAGAAGCAGAUGGUCUAUACUUUCACGAUGGUAGCAUCAGACGGCGUCCAGCAGAGCAGCCCUGUAACUGUCAACAUCCUGGUCAUUGAUGCUAAUGACAAUACGCCCACGUUUGCUGAGGUCUCCUACAGUGUUGAAGUCUUUACAGACAUGCAGCCGGGGGAGACAGUACUACAGUUAACGGCAGUGGAUGCUGAUGAGGGACUGAACGGUCUGGUGACCUAUGAGAUACUGGCUGGUGCUCAAGGAGACUUCAUCAUUAGUAAUCGCACUGGACGCAUCACUGUAGCGCCUGGUGUCACUUUGACUGUGGGGAGAUCUUACGCACUGACUGUCAAGGCUUCUGACAGCGCACCAGAGACCCAGAGAAGGAGCUCCAUCACAACUGUCUACAUUGAGGUUUUGCCACCCAACAACCAGAGCCCCCCACGCUUCCCUCUCCUCACCUACAGUCUCGAAGUCAGCGAAGCCAUGAGGAUCGGGGCUAUUCUGCUCAACCUGCAGGCCACAGACCGGGAAAAUGAUCCCAUCACGUACCGUAUUGUGAGCGGAGAUUCUCAGAAUGUCUUCAACCUCUCUGAAGCGAUUGGCCUCCUGCUUCUGGGAAAGCCUCUGGACAGGGAGACCACUGAUCAGUACCGUCUGAUUGUCACAGCCUCCGACGGCAACCCUGGAGGGACGUCCACUACCACUGUGAACAUAGUCAUCACUGAUGUCAACGAUAAUGACCCUGAGUUUGACCUCUCCAUACUCACUAAUUUCACUGUACAAGAAGAAGAGGCCAAUUUGUUUGUAGGCCAAGUCAGGGCCACCGAUCUAGAUGCUGGAGUAAAUGGCCAGGUGCACUACCGGAUUGUGAAUCAUCCUGACUUGUUUAUAAUCGGUGCUAACGGAAGCAUCUACACCAGGGUGCCCCUCGACCGGGAGUUACGAAGACAAUAUGAGCUGGUGGUUGAGGCCUCAGAUGGGGAUGCGGACCCGCGACGGACUACCUUGACCGUCCUGGUCCAGGUCACGGAUAUCGAUGACAACAGCCCCGUCUUCUCCCAGCAGACUUAUGUGGCGAACGUACCCGAGAACAGCCCUCUGGGAACUGUGGUCCUGAAGCUAAGCGCUGUGGACUCAGACCUGUUCUCUAAUGUCACAUAUCGGAUCAAGACCGAAUCAGCCAGGCAGCUGUUUUCUCUGAACCCUGUCACGGGGGAGUUAGCAGUGCUGCAGACGCUAGACUUUGAGGACCUGGCAGCUAUGGGCAUGGGGGCCUCUUUCACUUUCCAGGUGGAAGCUGUCGACCAAGGAGGGGUGAUGCCCCCGGGGCAAGCUACAGUCACGGUCCGCAUUACGGACAUGAAUGACUUCUCCCCCAUCUUUAGCCAAGACCUGUAUAAGGGCAUGGUGGCACCCAAUGCAGAGAAAGGAACAGUCAUCACAACAGUUUUUGCUGAGGACCAAGACCCACCAGGUACUCCAGCCAGUUUCGUCCGCUACAGAGUGGACAUGGACAGGUCGCCUUACAGUGGGAGCAUCUUUGAUGUGGAGGAGGAGAGUGGAAGAGUCAUCACGAAGGUCAACCUCAAUGAAGAGCCCAGUGUCACCUUUAAGUUGUUUUUGAUUGCCUUUGAUGACGGGGAGCCAGUGAAGACCAACAGUACUUUGGUGGAGAUCACAGUUCUUCAGCCUUCUCGCAUCCCAAUCUUCACCCAGGAGGAGUACAAGUUUGCUCCAGUUAGUGAGCUGGCUCCAUUUGGCACUCAAGUGGGGACUAUUCUAGCUGCUGCUAUCAAUCAAACCAUCUUCUACUCCAUUGUGGCAGGAAAUGAACUAGGUCAUUUUCAGGUGAACAACAGGACAGGCGUCAUCUCCACAGCGAAACCUCUGGAUUAUGAAAAUGUGACCAGCUAUGUCCUCCGGGUCCAAGCUGACUCUAUGGUGGUUGUCAUGUCCAACCUGCGUGUGCCUUCUAAAACUAACACAGCCAAGGUGUUCAUUGAGGUGCAGGAUGAGAAUGACCACCAUCCCGUCUUCUCCAGGAAGCUCUACAUAGGCGGCGUGACAGAAGACACCAAGAUCUUCAGCUCUGUGCUCAAGAUAGUGGCGACUGAUAGGGACACUGGAAAUUACAGCGCUAUGGCAUACCGCCUGAUCAUCCCGCCCACAGCAGAGGGCCAGGACAGCUUCGUCAUCGAGGCCUACACCGGUGUCAUCAAGUCGGCCAUCAUGUUUCGGAACAUGCGCAGGUCCUACUUCACGUUUGAAGUCAUUGCCACGGACGACUACGGCAAAGGUCUCAGCAGCAGCGCCGAGGUGGUGGUUUCAGUGGUCAACGCAUUGGACAUGCAGGUUGUCGUGUCCACUGUCCCACCUACUUUAGUGGAAGAGAAGAAGGAGGAGCUCAUUAGCAUUCUGGAGCGCCAUGUCCAGGAUCAGAUUCCAGGAGCCAAGGUGAUUGUAGAGUCCAUUGGGCCACGUCGUCAUGGUGAUGGCUUUGAGCUAGAGGACUAUUCUAAGUCAGACCUGAUGGUGUACGCCAUUGACCCGCUGACGAACAGGGCCAUUUCACCCAAGGAGCUCUUCAAGUUUCUGGAUGGAAAUGUGCUGGAAAUCAAUAAAGAGUUCCAGCCACACCUGGGUGAAGGCGGCCGCAUCCUCGAGAUCCGAUCUCCAGACGUCGUGGCCAGCGUGAAGAAGGCCGCCCAGGCUGUUGGCUACACAGAAGGAGCUCUCCUGGCCCUGGCCAUCAUCAUCAUUCUCUGCUGCAUUCCUGCCAUCCUCAUCGUCAUGGUCACCUACAAACAGUUCAAAGAGCGGCAGGCAGAGUGUGCCAAAACUGCCCGGAUUCAGAUGGCUUUACCACCUGGAGGGAAAGCCGCUCCGGCGGGUGCUCCCACUGCUAACCUCUACGAAGAGCUGGGCGACAGCAGCAUGGCUAAAAAGUCUGUCAUUGAGGAGGCCGACCACCAGAGGAUUCUUAGCACCUUUGCCAGUCGCGCCAUUGCAGCCCGCAGCAACGGAUCAUUGCACGUCAACUUGCCCAAGUCAGAGAGCAACGUGACCUUCUUCUCUGACCGCAACCCACUCACCACCCACAACCCUGUCUAUGAUGAUAACAGUCCCCUCGGCAGUCCUGACAUCUUAGCAGGGAUAGAGAGUCCGCCUGAAAAGCGGUUCUUCUAUUCUCCUGCCCACUCAGCAGGGUCAGGGUGCAUCUGGUCAAUGCCCGCUCGCAUUCAUGGCGACUACGAGGUGUCAAGGAGACAAGCUCUCAUGGACCCGGCCGAGUGGGAGAAUCACAUACUCCAAGCGGCCAUGAGGGCCAGACAAAGACAGGAGAGCUCAGACAUGCUGCUCCUGAGUGGCAGCACGGAGACCAAGUUGUCAGUCCGCGAACAGGCGAGGCAGUUUGAGCAACAGGCCCUCCAGGAACAAACCCUCAAGCAAAGUAGAGGCUCCCAAGGCUCCCUGUCUUCCAUCCUUGUCAGGGAUCGAGACGGUGAUGACGUGCUGGAGCUGGACUCAGAAACCCUCUUUUCCAUCAUGGAUUACCCCUACAGCAGCAUGUCUGUGGGCAGAGAUGUGCCCCCCAGCAUUAUCAUUACUCAGGGAGAUGAGCCAUGGCCCCUGGCAAGCCAGAGACCAACUCCGCCUGUUCUCAGGAAGUUCAGCUCCAGCAUUUCCAGCUACAUGACAGUGCAGCCUUGUCAGAUCACUGUGGAGAUCAUACCGGACCCACCGGAAAACCCACCGCCGCCUCCUCCGCAGAAGCCGCAUCCACCUUCCCCACCCACGUCUCCUCCCCCCAGUCCUCCUCCUUCGCCACCUCCGCCCUCCUACUGUCAUAAAUCUCAGUUUACGCCUCACUCCUCUCCUCCUCCUGUCAAUAAUAGGGUUGCUCCCCCGCCUCCGCCACCUCUUCCCCCUCCUCCCUCACCUGCUAGCGAACAGUCGCGCCCAGUCGUCCAGUUUGUUCCAACCUCUUUGCCGCCCGCAUCCUCGCUCCGCCCCGUCUCUGAACGCAAACACCCCCCUCCUCUCACCCCGUCGCAAACUGACGUUGGGAAAAAGGAGCUCAAAGGGAUCCUGAAAAACAUCCAGAAUCUCGCCGACAUAGAAAGGUCCGUUGCCAACAUGUACAGCCAAGUAGACAAAAACUGCAAGGUGCCCAAGUUUAGCAAGAAGCCGCAAGUGGCUGAGGAAUCACAGGGUGAAAACAAACUGCAAAGCUCUGAUCUCGGCGAUGAGCAGAGCACGCCAAAAACAACCAACUCCAGCUCUGCAGUCCAUAUCAACUCAACAAGUGUGAACUGUGCUGAAAAUGGAGCGAGUCAACCGAACAUUGUAGCCGAGGUUCAGCAGACAGGCCAAUUGAACUCCAGCAGCCCAAACACUGCUGAGCUCAGUGAACACUCUUCCUCUCAGUUUACAGUGUUUUGACACUUUUCUCAUCUCCAUAUUCUCAUUAUUUCCAACUGUACGUCUCCUUGCCUGUUUUUCUAUUCUUUCUACAUUUGUUUCUUUGCACGGUUGGUAGAAUUUUGUAUUUGCUUUAGCCAUGUCAGAGUUUUUCAAUGAGAGAAAGAAAAUGCUUUUUUUUUUUUUUUUUUAACUUAAUACUUUCUGUGAAAAUCAAAUUUUAGAAUCACCAGCGAAGAAGUGUACUCAGGUCUGCCACACUGUCUGUACAAUAUAUAUGUAUUGGCUUGCAUUAGAGCAAAUAAGAGACUUGCAUUGUCAGUGUGAAUUUAGUUCAGUUUUUUCUGUGUUUUAAGUGUCAGAACUGGUCUGAGAUGCAUCAUAGUGUUAACUUUGCCUCAGGGUUAGUUCAUCAUGUUAUGUUCUUUCACUUCAGAAUCUUAAUAUUAACAUUUUAUAGCCAAAACUACUAUAAUUAAAUUAUACUAAAUACACAAAUGUUUAAAUUCCACAACCCUGGGGUGUGUUUCCUCAACCAUUUUCUGGCUGCAUAUUGUUUAUUUCAAAUUUGUUCUUUUACUGUCUUUACAGAGAUAAGAGCAUUAAAAUUAAGGAUGCAGUUCCUUCGUGCUGAAUCCAAAGUGGGCAAAAGAAAAAUAUUAUAAUGUUGAAUGUUUGGUUUUUUGUUUUUUUUUUUUAACAAAUAAGAGGAAAUCACCAUAACAGUUUUUCCCGAUUUCCCAAAGGUAUGCAAAUCCCUGAAAACAGCUUCCGUGAAUGAUGAACACACAUUUGUUGAGGAACCAUAUUCAGAAAGUUAUUGCAGUGACGUAAACUCAUAUAAAAUAUUUAAUUAUUUAUAGCUUUCUUUAACUACAUUCACGGAUGAAUGGAGAUGUGGGAUUCAGCGAAAAAUAAAGCACUCCCCGAGCGAGGGAGCGGUGGACUUCAUACACAAUCUAGAACUGCAUACUGAAACAAACAUUCCAUGAAAUACAAGAAAAUAUUGGAUAUUAUAACAAGGUGGGCUACAAGAAAUCCUUUCUAUUUAAACCUGAUAUCGCCUGAAUGCCAAUAUGUAAACUUCUACGUGCGCACUUUUACUCUGAUGUUGAUUGAAGCAUCAGCUAUAAAAAAUACAUCAGCCGGGUUCCCGGCAGGCUCGUGUUGAAUGACGAGAGCCAACCUCCUGGGACCUGUCUAUUCACAUGUCUGCAGAGAAUCCUCUCAGUAUGAUAAAGUAGUCGCUGUGAUGUUCGUCUGCACACUGGAAAAGGCUAAUUAGAGAACCAAUCAAUCGUUAACCAGGGCCGCUGCCUGUGGGACUGUCAACUACUGUUAGCCUCUCCUUUCCUUUUCCAUCUCUCUGACCUUCUGCCUGCCUCUGUGUUUCUCUCUCUUACUUCCUGUCUCCCUGUAGUUAGUUCUAAUACUUUCCAGUCCUUGCCUUCUUAAUCUUUCCGUGUGGUUCUCGGGAGAUUCUUUUACCUUCAUUGCAAUGCGGCCUCUGUCGCCCCUCUCUUCCUUUUUUCUGCGCUCAGGUUUUCUCUCCUCUCUCUUCCCCCCCACAUACCCUUCAUGUGUUUGUUUCACCCUCCGUGCCCUAAGGCAAACGGUCUAAGCAUGCCUCACCUCCAGACAAUGUAAUGUUUGAUUCAUCACAUGUUCCCCUGAUGGGCAGAUCGAAGCCCUGCUAAUUCUGUAUUCCAUGUUCACUACAUGGGGUAAUCUCUUUUGUACGGAGCCUUAGCAGCUCACAUGCUGCCUCUUUCAACCUGAAGUGCAGCGAGCCUUAAUGGAUGGUAUCCUUUUAUAUUCCAUUUUCACAAUUGGUUUUUAUCAAACUCUAUUGUGUCCCAACUGGCAAUCCAAUGCAGUACCAUUGAAAAAAAGAAAUGCGAGAAAGUUUUUUCCUAUAGCACAUAACUGUGUUCAAUUUUAGCUGAGCAUUCAGGCGUUCAACAUUUGAGUAGAAAGAUGACACUGACACAACAAACUAGAUCUCAGGUUAAUAGGUUAAAAAAAAUCCAAACCAAAUAACAUAUUCAAUACAAGAAAUAGGCUCUUUUGUGUAUUACCCAUGCAGACAAGACACCAAUUUAAGAGAUCCUUAGUUGCAUGAAAACAUCUGCCUACUCCACAUAUUACAUGAUGUUUUGUGUUUGUUUUUUAAGAUUGUUAAGAUUGUUUACUAUUUGAUAAUGGGCAGUUUUCUUACUAGGUUAGAAGAUCAAACCACUCAAAGCUCUUUAUAAUAAAUAUGAAGCUGAAGUUAUCAGCUUGUUAGCUCAGCAUACAUCAAACAAACAGUGGGAAACCUUUCUCUGUACCAAGGUAGGAAAAACACCUACCAAAGCCUCUAAAACUACAAAUUUGUCUGUAAACCUUCCAACCUCUACUUAUAAGCGUUUUACAUAAUAUGCAUUUUAUUUUACAUUUUAAUCCCAUACUUUAUGUAUUGAAUAUUUGCCUUAUUUGCAAGCUUUAGAUUUUCUCAUUUUACUGUGUUUAAUGUACAUUUCAGUUGCUUUAUCUAGAAAAUUGUCACCUUGACGUAGGAAAUUUUGAUGUUUUAUUCAAUCCUCUCAACCCCAAGCAGCUUCUAGGCAUUUUCUGCUCUUUCCAUAGUUUUGCCUACUGUGGGCUCAUUUUUCACUGCAAUGUAAAAUCCAGUACCUCUUUGGAAACAAUACAAUCAUGGCUAGAAAAAGAGAGAACUCAAACAUAUCAUUUGUGCAGUAAAAGCAAAGUUAUAGUGCCACAAAUCAUAAAGACACAGGCAUAGAUGAAAGUUUAUAUUCUUAGAUUAUAUAUUUAUAGAAAUUGGAAUCAAUAUGUAUAAUAUUUUUCCAAGUGCCACUAGUUACAAAUACUGGAUAAAAUAGCAACUCUGCAUACUAUAGAUAUUUUGCAUCUUACAUUUAUGUCUUACAUAUUUAUUUUCUUUCCAUGCUUAUUUCCUUUCUGCACUUUGUACAUACAGCCUGUAGUUCAGUCAGAAAGUCUCAAAAUUUUUGGCAUUGUUGCCCCAAGGAGCAUUGAUAUCAAUUUUUUAAAUGUUUUUUUUUUUACAGAACCUGGUUAGAGGAAACAUUUUUUUGGUAUCUUUUCAAUGAAAUAAUUGAUUAAUUAUUUUUAGACUUCAUGUUGGUUAUGUUUCCAGAUAGAAUGGUCCAUCAGAGAUGAAAAGUUCCAGGACCAUCAGAAAGUUGAAUAUCCAGCAAUUCUUUCUGUUUUUAUGAGUUUAUGGAUUUGACAAAUAGUGUACUUUUAGUUUAUUAGUGUUGGAGUGUAGUUUUAAAGACAACUUUCAGAACUGCUGGCAGGUUUUGGGGUUUAGAGAGUCCAACUAUGUAGCUCCUUUUCUCUGUUUCAUCUCAUGUUUUUCUUUGCUGCUUUUGUAAUUUUCCUGUCAUUUAAAAUGAGGGACGUCCCCUGAAUUAUCUCACUUGUGUAUAAAUAAAGGCUGACUAAAUUAAUGAAAAAAUAGCUCAAUAAUGUGUGUUACAGUCAAAAAAAAGUCCAACCACAAUGUGGUUUUGAUUUUAAACUCAAGUGUUUGUGUGGAUUUAACCAAUGAGAUAUGACACAUUUAUUAGUGUGCUUUGGCAUACAGUUGUUUUGUUUUUUUCAGUUUUUGACAGACCCUCGCUUAUUCUCCUCCCUGUGUCUCUGUGGUGUGUUAUGAUAAAUUAACAGGCUGCUGGUUUUACAGAAAUGAGAAUCGUAUCGAUCUUCUCAUCUAACUUUCAGAAAUGUUUGACCAAAAAUGUUUACUAUUAUAUCUUUAACUGUAACCUUUGUCUUGCUGAUAACAUUAUUUGUUCCAGCAGAGUAAUAAAGGCAUCUGCAAUGACUAAAGGUAAAACUAGUUAUUCACAGUAUCACCUUGCUGUUGUAGAUAUGACACACAAGACUGUUCAAUAUUUGGGUCUUGCUGUAAUUCUCAACUCACCCCUUUCACCUCUUUUUCUACAACAUAUCUUCAUCACCCAUCUUCCACAAAGUCCUCUCUUGUGCAAACUUCCUAUGGCUACUGUCCAGUGGGCCAUUUUUCUUGAUGUUGUAUGAAGCAGCAGUAGCCAGCAGCCAAGACAACAGGUCAUCUAUCAGAUCCAACUCCCAUCCUCCUCUCUGCCUGGGAGGUGUGGCAUAUGGCUCUGCCCUGUCCCCUGCUCCUUGCCCAUAAUAACAGAUUACAGCUCUCCAGAGGAAUCUCACAUCAUUGCUUGGCCAUAUAUCUGAGUGUGUGAAAGUCGUCAUUAUUUAUGGGCCCAGACAGGUUACAGUUGUACGCUUGUGAACCUGGAGGUUUCAGCCGAGCUGCUCCAUUACUCGCCGUCUCUCAUUGACUUGUACUGAAGGCUCUGCAGAUGCACUGUUGUCCUCGGGAGCAGUUCUGAGUUGUUUUUUAUGUGUUCGAUAAAGUGAAAUUUCUUAGAUUUACUUACUUACUUCAAUUUAGCAGAAAGAAUGGGAAGGAAAAAAAUAGCUGUCUGUUGGCAUCUUGUGACGUGAUAACCAAAGACAAUUUUAUUAACUUCUGUUGAGUCAGAAAUUCUGCCAUUAAUCACAAUGUCCUUUUCAUAUCUCCUAGUAGAUUGUCUAGAUAUGGCUGUAUAAACAGUGACAGUUUUUUCACUAUCCAAUCAUCCCAGCUUCUUUGAUAUUUGCAUUUAUUGUAGCUUUUAUUUCUUCCUGUUUGGAUGAGAUAACGGGCGAGGAAAAACAGCCUACACCAGCGUGAUAACAUUGCAGCCUUAGGCACCCGUUUUAAAAACGAACAAUAUCUGCAAUUCUAUAAUUUAACACAUGAAAAUGCACAGUAAGUAAAGCUGCGUUUUCCUCACUGGUCAGCAGAAUGUAGAUGCACCAGCCCGUAGUUUUAACAUUUCAUUUAUCAAGAAGCACUUGAAAUGUUGCUGUCAAUCCAUAUUCAUUAUUUGUCUUAUUUCCUCCUUUC